UGGUAAUACAUAUUAUCGUCAUAUCAAAUAUGCGGCUAAAAAUCAACAAAUAAAUUAUUACUAGAACAAAAAAAAAUAAAAAUAUACGUUACCUAUAGUUAUAAUAACAAUUGGAAAAAAAUCAAUUAUAUUGCCUAACCAAGACGUUAUUGUAAUAGAUUAUGAAGGCAUAUUUUGUGAAGUUAAAACAUUAUGGAAACUGAUAGAAAAGUAAGAACAGCAGUCAAUUACUAUAGAAAGAACGUAUUAAAAAAAUAUUUUCAGAUUUGGAAAAAAUAUUCUGAUCACAAGCAAUACCUAACAGGCAAAUCAGUACAAAUAUCACACAAAAGAUAUUUGGAUUCUAAGCCGGGUGUACAAUUUGAUUAUACAAUAUUAAAUUUGAUGAAAAAUGAUAACGACCAAAAGAAAAAAGAAGGAGUUGUAUUUCCAAGAAUUGACAAUGAAGUAAAAGAGAAAACGAGAAAACUUAGGAAUUUUAUUAUAGGAAGAUUAUGGGAAAAGUGUAGUUGUAUUGCAAUAAACAAACGAUAUAGUAAAACACGAAGUGAAAAAAUAAUCGUUGAACAAUCACCAAAGUAUGAUACAGUUUCCAAAAAAAAUAUUAUUAUAGCGUACAGUGCAUUAUUAUUAUUCAAAAUUAUGUGGAAAAUAUGGUAUAGGUAUUCCAAUAUAAUAAUUAAAAAGAAAAAAUGACUACAUUUAUCGUCAAUUUUUAAUAACCUAUAAGUAACUGAAACCUUAAUGUAUUAAAGAUAAUACAUAA